CUGAGCAGUCCUUGUUCGGAGAUCACCCUUCUGAGCACCUCUGACUGAUUUCUCAGCUUUGGGGUUAGAUAGGCCCACCACACUGGGGUGGCACCGGUCCCGUGAUGGCGCCCCCUGUCAGCUGCCUCCUGGUGGCCGUGCUGUUUUCUGCCAGCUGUAAAGCCACCACCUCCUCGGAUCAGACAUGCACGGAGAAAGAAGCCAACAAAACAUAUAACUGUGAAAAUUUAGGUCUGAGAGAGAUUCCUGACACUCUACCAAACACAACAGAAUUUUUGGAAUUCAGUUUUAACUUCUUGCCUGCAAUUCAAAACACAACUUUCUUCAGACUCACAAAUCUGAUCUUUUUGGAUUUAACCAGGUGCCAGAUCAAUUGGAUACAUGAAGACACUUUUCAAAGCCAUCACCAAUUGGACACCCUUGUGCUGACCGGAAAUCCCCUGAUAUUCAUGGCCGAAACAUCCCUCCUCGGGCCCAGGGCACUGAAGCAUCUUUUCUUAACCCAAACGGGAAUAUCCAAUCUUGAGUUUAUCCCGGUGCACAAUUUGGAAAACUUGGAAAGUUUGUAUCUUGGAAGCAACUAUAUUUCCUCCAUUAAGCUCCCAGAAAACUUCCCAACACAGAAUCUGAAGGUUCUGGAUUUUCAGAAUAAUGCUCUCCACUUCCUCUCUCGUGAAGACCUGAACGCUCUGGGGGCCACCAACCUCAGCCUCAACCUCGACAGCAACGACAUUAAAGGCAUGGAGCCUGGGGCUUUCCAUGCAAAAGUCUUCCAAAGUUUGCGAUUUGGAGGGAUUCUUGAUGUGUCUGUCAUAUUGAAAGGUCUGCAGAACUCUACUACUCAGUCUCUCUGGCUGGGGACAUACGAGGACACUGACAGUCAGGACCUCACUCCAGCCAUGCUCGAGGGACUCUGUGAAAUGUCUGUCGAGAGCAUCAGCCUGCAGCUGUACCAUUUCUCUGACUUGUCCGCUACCACAUUCCGGUGCUUCACGCGCCUCCGGGAAUUGGACCUGACGGCAACUCACUUGAGAGAGUUACCCUCUGGGAUUCAGGGUAUGAACUCUCUCAAGAAAUUAGUUCUCAAUGUAAAUCACUUUGAGCAGUUGUGUCAAAUCAAUGCUGCCAGUUUCCCAGCCCUCACAGACCUCUAUAUCAAAGGCAACCUGAAGGAACUUGACCUUGGUGCUGGGUGUUUGGAAAAACUAGAAAAUCUCCGGAGACUUGAUUUAAGCCACAAUGGCAUAAAGGCUUCUGACUGCUGCAAUCUGCCGCUCAAAAGCCUGCACCACUUGCAGUACCUCAACCUGAGCUACGCUGGGUCCAUUGGUCUCCAGAGUCAGGCGUUCCAAGAGAGUCCUAAGCUGGAAGUCCUGGAUUUGGCAUUCACCCACCUGACUGUUAGGGUCCCACAAAGUCCUUUCCAAAACCUCCCUCUUCUGCAGGCUCUGAAUCUCUCCCACUGCCUCCUCGAUGCCAGCAAUCAGCACCUUCUGGAAGGCCUGGGGGGUCUCAGGCAACUGAAUUUACAGGGAAACCGCUUUCAAGACGGGAGCCUCUCCAAGACCAACCUUCUUCAGACAGUAGCCGGCUUGGAGGUUCUGAUUUUAUCCUCCUGUGAGCUCCUCUCUAUAGACCAGCAGGCCUUCCACAGCCUUGGCAAUGUGACUCACAUAGACUUAAGCCACAACAGCCUGACGGAAAACAGCAUCGAUGCUCUCGGCCACCUGAAGGGGCUCUACCUCAAUCUGGCCACCAACAGCAUUCGCAUCAUCCCACCCCGUCUCCUCCCCAUCUUGUCCCAGCAGAGCAUCAUUAAUUUAAGUCACAAUCCUCUGGACUGCACUUGCUCAAAUGUCGGUUUCAUAACCUGGUACAGAGAAAACCUGCACAAACUUGAGGACGUGGAGGAGACAGUGUGUGCGAACCCCCCAUCUUUAAGGGGAGUCAAGCUGUCUGAGGUCGAACUAUCCUGUGGGAUUACGGCCCUGGGCAUUUUUUUUCUCGUGGUAUUUUUAUUCUUAUUCACCAUCCUGCUCAUUUUUGCAGUUAAAUUCCUUCUCAGAUGGAAAUACCAGCACAUUUAGUGCUGAAGAUUUCUAGGGAUGGCAAAUAAAUGUGUUUAGCCAAAUU